CAGAAAUGCGGUCCUGAGAGUGCAGUCUCCGAUAUUGCAGUCAGAUACUACUCCCUCAUUCGCGCGAAUCGCGCCGCAAGGAGGUCUAUCGCGUCUUUGCAUUGAUUUAACAUCUGUAACAGACGCCUCUUGAGCGCCACGUACCUCUUCGAGCAACAGGACUUGACAAGUUUCCCUGGAAACCCUUUGACAAACACGUCCGUGUCCAAUGACAGAACAAGGCGCAAACUUCAGAAGAGGAAGUGGGACGUUAAACCAAUCAGCGGAGUGAGGAGGAGUGUCAUGUGCUUCAGUAGGCGGGUCCGCAGUCUCGUUUACAUUAGGGACCUGUGUAGCAGUAGCACACAUAUGAUGAAAUCAAGUUGCAAAUGAACUGUCAGUGGUGCGAAAAUCUCUGUGACGCUUGAGCGACGACAGCUACGAGUUUGUAAAUACUACUCUCAGGGGAUAUUUGAGGAUGUGGGGACGUAAUGGUGUGUUUUGCUGCUUCCCGAUACUGUGUCUGUGGGCUUGCUUGAAUGCAGUGCCAGUUGCUGUUGAUAAGACCAAAGUGAGCCCUCCAGCAGAGGAACUGGAACCGCCUAAAAGCGUAGAUACAGGACUGCACUAUGACCGUUACCUCAGAGAAGUUGUUGAUUUCCUGGAAAAGGACCCACAUUUCCGAGACAAACUUCAUAACACGGAUAUGGAAGACAUUAAGGUAGGGAAGCUGGCUAAAGAGUUGGACUUUGUCAGCCAUCAUGUGCGAACUAAACUCGAUGAGCUAAAGAGGCAAGAAGUGAACAGACUGCGCACCCUAAUAAAAGUCAAACAAGACCUAGAUGGAGAAAGAGGUAUGACAGUGGACCACCAAGGCCUUCUGAAGCAGUUUGAGCAUCUCAAUCACAUGAAUCCACAUACAUUUGAAGUGGAUGAUUUGGAUCGCCUCAUUAAAUCGGCCACUAAUGACUUGGAGAACUUUGACAAGGACCAACAUGAAGAAUUCAAGAAAUAUGAAAUGAUGAAGGAACAUGAGCGAAGAGAACGACUUAAGACGCUGGAUGAAGAAGCACGUAAGAAAGAGGAGGAACACUAUGAGGAGAUGAAGAAGAAACACGCAGAGCAUCCAAAAAUCAAUCACCCUGGCAGUCAAGACCAGUUAAAAGAAGUCUGGGAGGAGACUGAUGGUUUGGAUCCCAGCGAUUUUAAUACAAAGACAUUUUUCAGUCUGCACGACACAAAUGGAGAUGGCUACUUUGAUGAGCAAGAGCUGGAGGCCCUAUUUACCAAAGAGCUAGAGAAGAUCUAUGACCCCACACAUGAAGAAGACGACAUGGUGGAAAUGGAGGAGGAGAGACUUCGAAUGAGAGAACAUGUGAUGAAUGAGGUUGACACCAACAAAGACAGGCUUGUUUCAUUAGAUGAAUUUAUGGCGGCCACAAAUAAGAAAGAUUUUGUACAGCAGGAUGGAUGGGAGACUCUGGAGCAGAAUCCAAUCUACACUGAAGAAGAGUUGAGAGAGUUUGAGGAGCAUCUGAUUGGAGAAGAGCAAGACCUCAACCAGAAAACAAAUGAUCUGGUGAGACAGCGUGAGGAGCUGGAGAGACAGCAGCAAGAGCUUAGUGCACAAAAAAUACAGCUACAACAGGCAGUAGAGCACAUGGAGAGGUUAAAAUCACAGAAAACAGAGCCUCCAGUCCAGGCCAAAGUGAAUGCAGUACCAUCCGCUAUGGAGAUAUUACCUGGGGACAGUCAAUCCUUAGCACAAGGUCAUCAGCAAGACUUCCCUGCACAUUCUUAGCCCUUUAGGCUAUCUCAAUGCU